AUGAAGCGCGAGCACGAGUCCAGCGAGGCAUCCCACCCCAGCGAGAAGAGUAACACGCCCAAGAAAGUCAAGGCAGAGCCCAAGGUCAAGCCCGAGUCAAAGGUCAAGCCCGAGCCGUCACCCAAGGCCAAGAGCGCGAAGACAUCGGAACCUGGCUCCAAGUCGACGUGGACAGCAGACAUGAAGGCCGACUUGCUCGACGCGCUGCUCGACCAGUCAAAGCAAGUCGACCUGGGCGAGAUUGCGGCGAGGCUCGGCGUCACCCGCGCCCAGGUCGUCGACCAGCUCAAGCCUAAUCGCUCGAAUCUGCGCAGUCAGGUUGUCAAGCAUGUGCGCGUCUCGCCCUCACCCCCGCUCCUCCCACCGCGCGGUCAAAAGCGGGCGCAGGCGCACCUUCCCUCGUCUUCCAAGACGACUACAAACAAGACCAAGCGGCGCGGCUCCACCUCCACCCCCGAGACUAGGCCGCCGAUCUCAAAGGCCAAGAUCAAGGCCAAGCCUCCCACCUCGUCCCGCGUGACGAUGCCAACCCCGACCACCACACAGCGCCGCCAGACCCGCUCGACUGCGACCCCCGGUGCCGCAGUGCCCAAACCUUCGCUUCCUCUGAGACCCCUUGUCCAGACGGCCGACACCGCCGACAAGCGCACGACUCGCAGCACGGCGAAUGCCGUCUCGCCGCCGGUAGCCAAGCCUCCAACGAAGGGCGCGGGGAAGGUGGUGGCGUCGACCUCGCGCAAGGAGAAGACGACGGCCGCAGUGCUCAAGAACAAGAACAAGGUCUCCGCGACCGCUCUGAGCAAGCCCAUCGGGAGUGAGCGUACGACGCGCGCGGGGCGGGCUGCUACUGCCCCGGUACCCGCCAAGGUGUCAACCACCGAGCCGCGCGUGACGAGGGGCCAGGCGCGUGCAGCCACUGGCACUUCAACGACGGCCAGCAACUCCAAGGCGAGCGGCUCGGGUGCCUCCAAGACAAUCAACAACGGCGACAACGACACGGACGGCACCGACGACAAGGGCGAUAACGACGACGAUAUGAGCGAGGACAAGACGGACACGGCCGCCAAGGUCGACAGGACAUACACCGAGAGGGAAGGCGACAAGUGGGACGACCCGAAGGCGGCGGCCACGCGCAACCCGCGUGAUAAGACUAUUAUACUCAUCAAGGUCCACCGCCCACCCGGUGUCAAGCCCUCGUUGGAGGCUCGGUUCGCUGAAUCGUGA